CCCUAUCCUUCCACUUAAUCUAUCGACAAUAGCAUCUGCCCCCUAAAGGCGGCCCGUCUUCUCCAUGCCAGUCCAAGCUGGCUAUCUGACUUGCUUCUUUAAAUAGUGCACACCACGAACGAAAUGAGCUAUAUCUUCGGAUAUGCUACUUACGAAUCGGCUUGUAGCCUAGACUGGAGUCAUGAUAAUUCUGCAAGACAGAGUCGACGUCUGCCUGUGUGUUCCACAGCUCGUGAAACGACCAAAUGCGAGGUCGAAGAGCAAGGGUGCUGUGGACUGCAAAAAUAAAUAAAUAAAAUAAAAAUAAAACGAGAAAAUAUCGAUCAGGAGAAAAGGCCUUGAGGGUGGAAAAAGCCUCCGCCAUAAUGUUUUACAUGCAUCUCCAUUUAAUGCUGGAUGCCGGCCAGGGCGGUUGGGAAAACGAGGAAUUGCGGCUUACAGCAAGGCAUCCUGCUUGGAUGGUUGGGGGGAUGAGGCUGGUUUUUGGUGAUAUAGGCACGCCUGAAGAAAAGGCUGCCAGCUUUUGCUACCCGUAUUUGUUGAUAUUAAACCUACCGUCAAGGUGGCUCAGCACCGCAAUACAGCUAUUCGUCCUGAUAUUGAGGGUUGGCCCUCGUUGGCCCACGAGCAAGUGGUAAUUAGUUAGUUUCAUGCAUCUACAUGGAAACUGGUUAACACAGCUUGGGGGUGAACUAACUUAUCCAGAAAGCCAGCAGGGGCACUCUGUAGGCCGGCCAGUUGGUUGAUACACUAACUGCCCCGGCCGUGUAGUUAACUAGUUAGUUUACCAAAUGACCAACUGCCUGGUUAGCUAGAGUUAACUGAUUGAUCGCUGAAUAACUGGACGGCGAGCCAGAUCUUUGGACCCUGCAACAGUUCCCACGCAUGUCCGCGGAUCUUCUGAGGGAGAUAUCAGCCUCUACCCAUUCCGGCUGGCCAUGGAUAGGACAAGGCUUCUCUCUUGGUUCGCCUUCUUGGUCAUGAUUGACUCGGGGCGGUCUUCCCGUUGAGCAGGAUGUUCAGCCUUCCGGCUAACCUUUCAGUUUUUUUUUAUUUGCUCGACCAGGGUGCUCCGUAUACAUCUGCUUGAUGCCUCUAGAUCUAUAUAUAGGAUCGCCAUUGAUCAUCUGGAGUCGGCCCAUAUGUACAUGUAGGUAUAUAUAUUCCUUGGCCGAUCCUCUGUCCCAACAUCCUAUGAAACCAGAUAUUCACAAUUGCUAUUACUCCGUACACUACUCGUUCACAUCGUCCCAAGCAUCAUUGCCCAGUAGCCCAUCCUGUUAGCCAGCUGGUUACAGACCCAGAUAACCAACUAGCCACUCAAAGAACGGCCGUUCAGCGUUGGGAUACCACCAUGGCCGACUACCAAAACAACCAACCACCUCACUGUCAGGAAUCAUAUGUAUCAAAGUUCUCCGUCAGGAGUGCAUUUAGUCCCCAUGCCCACCCGAACGAGGAUUGGGCGAAGAUAUCCGAUCUUGCGGAGAGACGUCGGAUCCAGAACAGAAUCGCUCAACGGAACUACCGCAAGAAGCUAAAGAAGAGGCAAGAGGACCAACUCAGGCAGACAACCUCUUCUCCCGAACACUCGCCUGACGAGAGCAGUUCGGUCAGGGAUGACCCCUACGCAGCUGAAUCUGAGAACAUCGAACAACACACAGCCCGGUCACUGAAGCCUGUUCUACGGCCGAGACUAUCGUCAAACUCGCCCCAUACCAACUUUCAACUGACGCAGGAAUCACCACCGGCUCUGUAUUCUCAGUCGUAUGAAAGCGUCAGCUCUAUAUCCUCGGCUCCCAUGGUCACGUAUUCUCCCUAUAGCACGUAUUCAGAUGGCUCUAUAUCUGCGUCAUACUCCUGUGCUCCUCUACCAGGGGUGAUACCGGAUAUCUAUGGUGUCCAGGGCCAGCGGCUGGGGAUCGAUGGUCCAGAGCCUUCAAUAUCGCCCCCAUACUUUGUAUCCCCCAGACCAGAAAGAUACUGCGGCAUUGACGUGGAUUACCUCUCCUCGUCCGAUCUGGCAGUCACUUCCACUGCAACCAUCGCGGCAACCAUGUCUCCAUACAUGAAGAUGUCGGGCCCGAUGUACCAUUACGACUACUCAGACUUGUACCCAAUUUCUACCGCCCCGGGGAGCAGCUCAAUGUCGCAACGAUACUAA